UCCCGUCCCGUCCCGCCUCUCCUUUCCCCACCCUCCCUCACAACCGGUUCCCGACCGCCGCGCUCACCUCCACGCCGCCCACCACCGCUCUCUCCUCGACCGCAUCCCUCCGCCCCCGGCAGGCACACCGACCCCGAGGCCCUCGCCGCCGCGCCGACCAUGGUAAGCACUCACCUUGAUUCCACCAAUCGCCUUACCCCUUCCGGAGCAACGCGGUCUCUACCUCAACCGUGAGAUCUAGCAUGCCAAUACGCUGCGGUUGUACCUCACUUGCAUCCGGAACACUCUGGAGGCGGCGAUGUGCCUCCAGAAUUUUCCUUGCCAAGAAGUUGAGAGGCACAACAAGCCAGAGGUGGAGCUCAAGACAAGCCCUGAACUUCUACUGAACCCGGUACUCAUAUGCCGCAAUGAAGCAGAAAAAUGUUUAAUAGAGACUUCAAUCAACUCUAUCCGUAUAAGCAUGAAGGUUAAGCAAGCAGAUGAACUGGAAAACAUUCUUGCAAAGAAAUUUCUUAGGUUUUUAUCAAUGAGGGCAGAGGCAUUCCAAGUGUUGAGGAGAAAACCAGUUCAGGGUUAUGAUAUCAGUUUUCUGAUAACAAACUACCAUUGCGAGGACAUGCAUAAGCACAAGCUCAUAGAUUUCAUCGUGCAGUUUAUGGAGGACAUCGACAAGGAGAUCAGUGAGUUGAAGCUGUCAGUAAACACCCGCGGCCGGCUUGUGGCGACUGAAUUUUUGAAGCAGUUCAUAUGAUGACUCAGCGAUAGUAGUAGUACAGUGCUGAGAAACGUCAUGAUCGCGGCCUGUAAGUAUGCCACUGCUGCUCAGCUUAGGUUUUGUUUCUUCACCCUGAUUUUUGUUGUUGGACGAGAGCUUUUGUAAAUGCCUUGUGGAGGACGUGUGCUUGGUUCCAGAGCUCCUGAUUAGUAGCUAACAAUUGACUUAUGAGGCGAUUUGGUUAUUUUGAGAAGUGCCAGCUUAUUCUUGGUU